UGUGUUAUUGUUUUCAUAUCAGUCAUAUUUUCAGAAUGCACAGUUCCGUCAUGGUAGUCGUGUUGAUGAUGCUGGUGAUGGCCACAGUCUUCACGCAGGCACAGGAUCUCAAAUAUCCUGAGCGUCAGGUUGUGACUGAACUAGCAGCCCAGAUCAUGCGCGUGGCUCAAGGUCCCUGGAGCACCAGCCUUGACCUGCCCACCAAACGAAAUUCCGGCCUCAUCAACUCCCUUCUCGGAAUCCCUAAGGUCAUGAAUGAUGCCGGAAGAAGAUAAUCAUUUCCUAAACUUUCUGUUAAAAUGACGAGACAACUUGACGGUGCCGGUGAGUGGAAUCUAACCAGCUUGCAGUAGGUCACGUCAUCAAUUAAUAUUCAUGGAAUAAAUGUUGCAGCACUAAACACCUGUCUCACU